CUAGAGUUUGAGAACCCACAUGUCACCAGCAACAACAAAGGCACUGGCUGCGAAUUCGAGCUCUGGGACUGUGGUGGCGACUCUAAGUUUGAGUCCUGCUGGCCCGCUCUGAUGAAGGAUGCUCAUGGAGUGGUGAUUGUCUUCAAUGCUGAUAUCCCAAGCCACCUAAAGGAAAUUGAAAUGUGGUAUUCCUGCUUUGUCCAGCAACAGUUCCUCCAAGACAGUCACUGCAUGCUUGUGGCCCACCACAAACCGGGCUCCGGAGGAGAAAGGGGCAGCCUGGCUUUGUGUAAGCACCCUGGACUUUCCUCUCCUGCUUUGGUGCACUCAAACCUGGAGGAAGACCCUGAGGAGGUCCGGGUGGAGUUCAUCAAGUAUUUAAAAAGCAUCAUCAACUCCAUGUCGGAGAGCAGAGACCGUGAGGAGAUGCUCAUCAUCACCUAGUGUCCCUGUGCCACCGCCUCCCAAAGGACGCUGACUAACCCCACCCAGCCGCUGACGCACCCUUCUCCUCUAGAAGGCUCCAGGAAGAUCAGGCAUGGUGGCACACACCUGUGAUCCCAGCUCUCAGGAGGCUGAGGUAGGAGGAGGGUUGAGAGUUCAAGGCUAGCCCUGGCUACAUAGGAGCCCUUAUCUCCUCCCUUCUCCAGAAGCAAAAAGCUGCCCUGCUUGCCUGUCUUGGCUGUCAUGCAUAAACAUGUCCUUCCUUCCGGCA